AUGAAGAGGCCCUCGGCGCACGACGAGUGCCAGUUUUGUGUGCUGGCCACGUUUCACUCUGACAAUGGCGCCGUGCUCGAGCGCAGUGUGCCGACGCAUACAGGCCUCGCCGAGCAGGCACUCGCCGAGCAGAUGAUCCCAGACGGCCUGCACGAUCAGGACGAAGACUGGACCGUGCUCAUUCGGCCCGUCGCGCACUUGGCGCUGCCACACAUCCCACGUCGCCCGGCUCACGUCCAGUCCAAACUACCUUACGCCCACGGCCACGAGGCAGGCGACUGCAUCUACAUCCUCAGCUUGGCCCGCACCAUGAGGCGCGAAGAGGAGCCACGCGGCGCUUGCCUCGUGGCCAUCGCCCUCGCUACCAUGCACCCGCACCUCUCGAUCUUCCAGCCCGUGCUCGUGCUCGCAAUGGACGCCUACAUGGCGACGCGUGAUGCGUCGGUCGUCGAGCAGCUGUACGAUGCCGUCAACACGCUGCACUGGCAGUCGCUUCCGUGCCUGAGCUACUCGGAAAAGAUGCGCAUGCGCGGCGACUCGGCCCUGCACGCCCUGUAUCACCCGCCCCCCGCGCUCAUGGACGCGCACACGUCGCUGUCAGCGGACCACGCCGCUUCCGCCCCGCGGCAGACACGGCGCCACUCGUCAUUGGGACUCACGCGCCGCUCCCGCGCGCGCUACACCAUAUCUCCGCCUCAGCACGCGCGUCCACAGUUUCUCGGGUAUGCUACCUGCUUGCAGUUCGGCUCGACUUGCUUGCCCAUUCACAUCCCACUGCACGUGUUCCCCGAAGAGAUCGGCGAGUACUCGCUGUCGAACCUGUUCGCCACCUUUGGCCACGCCAAACUGCUGUCGCGCACGCAGCAUCCUCACCUGCACUCCAAUGGCAUACACACGCACCCCAUGACACUGCUCUUCAACGCCCUCGUCACACACAAGCGCGUCCUGUUCGUGGCAUACCAUGCGCCAGCCAAGGUCGUGGUCGAUCAUGUGCUCGCCGCCUGUGCGUUCGUCAGUGGAUGCGGCGCCGUUCUGCGCGGCUUCGUGGCCUCAGCCAUGCCCUAUGCCACGCUCGUCAACAUCGAUGCCCUCUCCCAUCAGCGCGGCUUUAUCGUCGGUACAAAGCACCCCCGACUCGCGGAGCUGGGCCUCUGGGACGUCUUGUGCCACUGUGAAGCACAAAGUAUCACCGUGUCGCCCCACCUAUCGCCUCCGCGGCCCCUGCCUCCUUUCCUCGAUACGCGCCAUCCAGCACGACCCUCGCUGCGACACACUCUUCGGUCCAUGCCCGAAUGCAUGCUCGGCGACGAACGCCCUCAUGCACCGGACGUCCUGUUCAUGCAGCGCCUGACGAGGGCCCUCCAGCAGCAUGCGAGCGAGCCCUUCUUGCGCUACUGGUGCCAAAGGUACGUGCGCGACUUUGUCGCUCUGGCCACGCGGCACGAGCAGACCUUCUAUGGCUCGUCGCUGUUCCAGCCCACAAUCCACCUAUCGCAUGAUGCACGCGAUACCUACAUGCUCCGAUGCCACGCCCUGCGGAUCGAAGGCUGGCGCGGCACACCCAGUUACCGCUCCUUUCUAUGGGAUAUGUCGCACUUGUACGGCCAAGCAUCCCGCACAGCUGCCUCAUUCUGCCUGGCUCAUAGCAGCAGUGGCACGGCUCUCCGUGUUGAUAGCUCGGCGCCCUCGACGCCCCGAUGA